GAGGACAAUAUUUUGGUCUUGAAAUGUCGGCAUUAAUUAGAUAUUAAUAACGAAAAACCUACAUAAUAUUAUUCGGUGAUAGUGUGAUACACUGUAUUUUGGUAUAUUAUUCCAUAUUUUUACAUUAUUACGUGUGUGCGCGUGUCGACUGUCGAGCGUUGGGCUUCCUGAUAAAUUCCAAGUUUUGAACCGAGCUCAUGUUCAUUUCAUUCUAGUUUCGAUAGACAGCGUGUGGCCUUAGCACCCUUAGCUGUGUUUAUCGUUUUAUUAAAGGACGUCAUCGACGAUAUUUAGAAAUCUUGGUGUACCUACUGUGCAGUAUACAAUAUACAAGAAAAGUAGGAUAGUUGUCUACGUAGCAUUACCUGUUGAUAACAAACAGCAAAUCCCAGAUUGUGGUUGUUAAAGAGUGUGUUAUACUUAAUUUUUUGCUAAUCCAUAAAAUAAUAAUGGCUUCAGCGUCAUACUUGGAUGAAUUAAGAAACAGUUUGAACAAACUUCCUGAUGAGUUAAAUCGAAACUUCAGUCUGAUGCAAGAACUCGACUUUAGAUCUCAAAAAGUGAUGAACAACAUUGAUAAAAUGGCCGACAGUUAUAUGUCAAAUGUCAAAGAAUAUUCGGUAGACAAAAAGAAAGAAACUAUAGCAAGCAUAAAACAUCAUUUUGACACAGCCAAAGCAUAUAGCGAUGACAAGGUGCAGUUGUCUAUACAAACAUACGAACUGGUGGAUAAACAUAUUCGGAAGUUGGAUGCAGAACUAUUGAGAUUUAAAGGAAAAAUUCAAUUGCAAACUGACAUGCGCGACACUGCCACCAAGGCUAAAAUUAAUUUACCACCGAAAAAAGAAGGUUCUAAAACAACAAGUGCACCACCUUCUGUCAGUGCUGUCACUGAACCAUCAAACCCAACCAAUAGCGUAGACGAUGUUGCAGUUGAGACCGGUUGCCAUUCGGGUGCUUCAGUUAGUCAUGGAAUUGCACAUUCAACUUAUGUAGACAUGCCUAUCGAUCCCAAUGAACCAACAUUUUGUCUGUGCAAACAAGUAUCCUUCGGUGAAAUGAUAGGCUGUGAUAACCAAGAUUGUGCAAUCGAAUGGUUUCACUUCGCAUGUCUCAGUUUAGUUACCAAGCCCAAAGGAAAAUGGUUUUGUCCAAACUGUGUAAACGACAAGAAGAAAAAAUAACACAUUCUUAAAAAAAAAUGUAUUUUUAUUUUAUAUGAUAUAUACGUAAGUACAUAUUUGUGUGUUUAUGUAUAUGUUACAUGUAUGAAAAUAUAAAUGAUAUACAUUAUUGAA